AUGGAGAGACGCCGACAAAUCAUCCACAUGCUCGGAGGCCAUCCUGCUUUUGGCAGAUGUUGCGACGCAGACGGCAAGGGAAAGUGGCUGCCAAACGCCGAAACACGGCUGCCAGAGCAACAUGACGAUGAUGACAAUGACAGUGAUGAUGUUGACGAUGAUGAUGAUGAUGAUGAGGAGGAGGAGGAGGAGGAGGAGUUGCGUGACGCAAGCAACCGCGGCAGUGACUACAGCUACUACACCAAGGAUUUCAUCCUUCGUGUUCCCAGCCCCACAACCAUCCCAUACAAGCUCUUCAAGAAAUCAACAUUUCCAGAGUGGCAGCCUGGUUACGACAGAGUCGUUGUAAUCGAGGAUGACAAGACUGCGCACGUGCACGUGUUCAGCGAUUUUGCAACAGACAACCAGCAGCUCCAUGCAAAGGCAAUUCGCUUCUUCAUCCAGCGGUUUCUGCGCCGCGACGACAACGACGGCGCGCUGCGUGCCCUGCUGAACAUGACAUCAAUGCACGUACUCAUGGACGACGUGCUGAAUGACACCGCACUCAUUAAGGCUCUGACGGGUCACCAGGUGCUGCGCUUGCUCACGAUGAUUGAUACUAGCAGUCUGGUUGGCGAGUUGCAGUCACGGCAGGGUCACCCCAGCACGCGAGUCCUGAUCCAGCGCGCUCUCGUGUCCGAUCCCAACACGAUUCAACUCUUCUCCGCCAACAACCCCAACCUUCUGCACGACCACCUGCAGCUGCUGGCUGCCCUCAUCAACACGAGUACCAGCAGCACUUACUCCUACGACAGGGACGCCGGAUACAAUGACUUGUGCUUUGUCAUCCUCGUUCUGGGGCUCGCCCCAAACUUUGAGGCAGAGAAGCUCAAGCACAGGGCCGAGCUGCCCACCACCAACAGCAGCAGCAACACCAACUCACACGACGACCACGACGACCACGACGACCACGACCACGACCACCACAGCAACGGCGGCAGCAGCAGCAGCUCCGUCGAGUACAGCCAGGACGACAUCUUGGAUGCCGCUGAUUUCGUGCAGAAGUACCACGAGACGAUCCACAUCAGCGCCGACACGAUGAUGUGGCUCGCUGCUCGCGCAAUCCUGGCACAACUGACACCCAAAGAUGCCAUCUUCUUCGCUGCAACUCACCCGGCGAGCAAGGUGCUGAGCGAACACGACCCCAGCAAGUUUGGCAGGGUGGUGCGCACUGCUCUCACCAACACUGGCGGCAAGGGCACCAAGAAGAAGAAGAAGAAGAAGAAGCGGGCUGCGGGCACAUCGGGCGCCUACCUCAAGUACAUGUCCACGCUGCCACAGGCGCAGGAGCACAUCUUCGACGUGUGGCUGAGCCAGCUGCCAUCGAUUGGCAACGACGCGGACCACCCGCUCGCAAAGGGUGCGAUAAAGCUGGCAACGUCGGCGCAACUCACAUCUGACCAGCGGGGGCGGCUCAUGCAGAUGCUCAUGAACAACACACGAAGCAGCAUGUGCCGUCUCAUUCUUGGUUCUGUUCUUCAUAUCAUCCCGGACCACCUCACGCCCGUGACGGUCAUCGCGGGCAUGUGGAGUGUGGUGUCGCCAGCAGAGGUUGAGACAGGCCUGCGCACCUGGCUGAAGGAAGAAGCAACCAAGAUGCGAGUCGUCACCGUGGACGACCCUGACUCUGACACCAGUGGUGCAUCGUCGUCGUCAUCGCGCAGCCCAGCCACAUCUGCUUCUGCCACUGUCUUCACCAGUCGCCGCAAUCGAAACGGCAAAGGCAGGGCACGUCGUCGGCACCGACAACGUGCCCAACAUCAGCAGCACCACCAGCAGCACCACCAGCAGCACCACCAGCAUCAGCAGCCACGCAUCAAGACGGUGAAGGAGCUGAGUGUUCGCUCACUCAUUCAUUUAGCCGUCCAGCUUGAAGACACACUACGCGAGCAGCUUGGUGUAAUCAGCAGCAUACCAGCUGGCAGACCGGCUGAGGUGGCAGCACGCAUGCACAAGUUCAAGCCCAUUUACCUGCUCGCCGGCGACUGCGUGGAAGAGAGCAACGUGCCCCUCGUUGCCUUCUUCCAACAGCUGAUUGCCGCCUCAAGUGAAGACGGCAUCCAGUUGACCGAGAAGGGAACGACACCAAACCAUCUCUUUGGUCUUGCUGCGAACCGCGCUGUUGCUCUCGCCCGGCAGCACCGCCAGGCCGGUGAUGAAGAGCUGUGCAACCUGCUCAAGGUGUUGCGAACCGCCGCUCGCCAGAACGACAGCCAUCACGACAUGUUCCGCCGCGUUGGCGUGGACAUGUUGUCAGAGCUCACCAUCCCGCAAACCUUCAAGGAUGUUACUGAUCAACCUGCGUUGUGGCGGCUGGUGCUCAACAUGCGCUCGCCACGCGAUUGGCGGCAGACGCAGCCGGCAGUGUCAGCACGACAGACCCUGGCCCGCGAAUACGAGGCGUGGCGUGACCUCACCAAGACGCCAGCCGACAUGGCAGUGUUGUUUCCACCGGCGCAGGAGCCUGGCAGAAGACUGAGUAAAAUCCACACCCUUGCGAACCUUCUGGCCAUCGUGGCACCAUCUGAUCAAGAAGAGCUUCUUGUCCUGAUUCAGGAGGCAUUGAGUGUGUACGACCAACUUUGUGACGAACGUUGGACGGUGUACAGCUUGCACAAGUUCGCCUCAGACAUCCUGCCUUCGAAUCCCUGGGUGGCCAGUUUGCCUGCCACGCUGGAAACGUGGCUGACGGAGCCACUCAGUCAAGUCAAUGACAGCAACCGCUGGAACACUGCCGAAAACAUCUUGAAAGAGAGCAGAGAUUUGCUUACAGCACUUCACCAGCGCGCCAACAGCCACACGUUUCGAAGGAUGCUCGCGACAGAAAUGGCCUCAGUGCAUUCAUCAUACACCCCAGCCACACCAUCAGCAAGCGACGCAAGCGAGACAAACGAGAGCAAUGAGAAUGACGACUCCGGCCUCUCCGAAACCACGACAUCAACCUCAACAACAGCCGCAUCGCCAUCACCACCACCGUCAUCGCCAUCAACAGCUCGCGCUGACGAUGAGCAGGUCAUGACAGACGCGAAGCGGGAGGUGGAACAGGUGCUCAAGACUGCGGACAAAGUUAAGACUCAACACACACGCUUGUUCAACAACCUUCGAAGCAGUACUCAGCUGUCUGAUCUUCACAUCAUGUGGGGAGGGCUCACGCGCGCGCAGGUGGAGCACGACAUGACACUGCUGUGUACAAUCAUUGGCCACCCAUCUGAAGUCCGUACACGGGGCCCGUUCGCGCAAUUGACCAAGCAGCUCAUCAGCUAUGCUGAGCAGCGUCAUUAUGCACAGCGCGCAGAGCAACUCAACCGAGUGUUACACGUGUGCAGGCCGUUCUUCGUCACGCCAGUUUCGAAGCUUACCAGUGCCAUCGACGCGGUGCUGGACGUGGAUGACUCACAGACACUCCGCCACCUGCACACGGCUGUGCAGGACGUGCAGUCACAUGUCCCUGACGAUCCCGACGUGUGGGAGGUGCUUGGUGAGAUGGCCGACGCAGGCAACUUGCUCGAGUUUCUGCGAGAACAAGAGGGCGACAUACGUCACUACACGGCGAGCGCGGACACAUUUGGUUCCGACGCAUACAUGGCCACCGCAGAGCAGGUCAACGCCUUCAUCUUGUUGCACUCGUUCAUGUUCCCGCUCAUCAACGCUGACACAAAGGCGAAGGACCUGGAGGACUUUCUUCGUCUUCUCAGCCAGCGCUUUCACCAGAGCCAGGGCCAUGCUGCAUCCUCCUCGGGAGCAACAUCAGGUUCGGCGUCGUCGUCAGCAUCAUCGGCACGUCAGCCAGACCGCCUACCGCUGUCGCAACUGCUGCGCAUCUGCAACCAAGGCCUGGAGGCGCUGCAGCUGUUUGUGAACACGCUGAGCGACCGCGGUGCCGCUGCCCGCGAACGCAUUCGCCUCGUUGUUGAUCCCUCCGUCGAAGGCGCACGCAUCGUGUUCAGGUGCGACUCGCUCCGCCAGACCGCAAGCUACCACAUCUGCAUCCGCCACAGGAGCGAGGACAUUGAGUUGUCGGAGCGCGACGUGAGCGACCUGCGUGCGCGCGCGUGCCUGCUGUCCACAGACCAGGACCAGGACGUGCGUGUGCACAUGCAGCGGUUCAGGGAUUUGGUGGAAGGCGUCGAGUUGGCCAUGGCAGAGCUGAAGCAGCUGGCGGAGAGCGGACACCUUGAAGAGUUCAACUGCUACACGCACGCAAUGGCGGUGCAGGGCGCCAACCUGAAGGACUACAGGAAUGCACUGCAGACCCGCCUCCUGCUGUGGACGGAGCGCUUGAAGGAGAUGCGCGAGCACUAUGACGUACUCAACAUCUUUUCCAACCGCCAGCUGGUGGUGCUGUUCCAUGCACUCGUGCAACCACACGAGCACCACGAUGAGGAGCUGGUGCAGGAGCGAGACCAGCUGCUGCUGGCCAUGCUCGGUCCCCACGCCGACGUGCACCAGGUGUCGCUGUUUGUGCGCGAUGGGCUCAACAGCAUGGGUGCAUGCGAUGACAACGUGCACCGGCUGAGCGAGCUGCUGGCGAUGCUCAAGUCGCUCAUCGAUGCGCCGCCACCACGCGCCCUUCGCCCCUCUGGAAUGAUUGACGAGAGCAUGCUGCCGCCGUUCCGCCACGCUGCCAAGCACGAUCUUGUGCGGGUGCUGCUGUCUGAGGACGAUCGCACGACCGCCGCCUCCAUCCUGGCCGCAUUCACGGACGCCAACCUGGAGUACCUGCCUGCGCAGUGCCUCUUCUGCUCCGAGCACACGCGCGUGGCGAUUGUGCGGCUGUUCCUUGCCCGCAGCCAGGAGACAACAGACCUGCCGUUUGUGCUCGUGUAUCCGGAGCUGCUCAGCAUUGAAGCGCAGGCGGAGUUGAAGGAGGAGUUGACCAAGUGGGGCCACCGCUGCUCCAACCCUCGCUCCUCAAAGCCAUUCGCACCCGCUGUUGGCGAGCACGUGCCGGAGUCAAGCCGCCCGCUUCCACGCUUCACCGUCGUGUGUCGCCGCACCACGCGAAGUCGCCUCCUGCAUGGCGUUGCAGGGCUGGUGGACGAAGACUUGACGGGGCACGUGGCGCAACAGCUGCUGGCCAACUACGCGCUGCACACGAGGGAGCACGGUGCUGUCACCGUUGUUGCCAGCGAGUACGCGCAGCAGGGCAAAUCCACCUUCAUCCAGCAACACCUCGCACGCCUUGCUGGUGGCAGCAACGGUGCUAGCGAUGGUGAUGAUGAUGGUGAUGGCGACAGUGGACGUGGCAGUGGCCGUGUUGGGCGACGCGGGCCGCUUCGCUCGUCCAUGCUCUCACGCACGUCGCAAGCUACCACCGCAACCACCGCCACGACGAAAACGGGUGGCAGUGGUGCUGAUGGCGGGGACGACCUUGUGGACGACGAUGAAGGGGAUGGCGACGCAUCACCGGCGCUCUUCUCAUCCGAUGACGAUGGUGAAGACGACGAGUUUUUGGACGCGUCGUUUGAGUUCCCCGUGCCACCGAGUGGGCCCGUGCCUGCAGGCAUGGCGACAACAGCAACACUCCCGCGUGACGCUGUUGCUGGCGAUGGCGGGCACUACUGCACGCUGCUUGUCUCUGGGCAGGACACGUUUGACGUCCUGCACGACAAGCUGUCUCGCCUGCCGCUGAUGGACCCGCGCGUCAAGGCACUGUACAUUGACGUCGGGGCGGCACUGAACAUUGAGGAUGACCUCAACAUGCAUCUGUUCCAGCUGCUGGUGCUGCGCUGCCUCUCGCGCGACGACAGGCUGUGGCACGUGCCACGCCACGUCGCGGUGUACGUUGAGAUUGGCAACACGCUGCACGACCGCUUGAGCCAGCAGCUCGCGCUCACCACCAAGGCGCCGUUUGCCGAUGAAGUGGCGGCAUCCACCACACAGGCUGCGCCUGCACAGACGGGCGCGCCCACUGCCUCUUUUACCAAGGAAGUGCUUGGGUGGGACGCAAACAACAUUCACGUGCCAACGGAUACGAGCUCCCCCAUCCAGCGUGCUUGUCGCUACCUCGACCUCCUGCACAGGGACCAGCUCACGGACGUGGUGUACAGGGAACCUGAUCUGAACGCCAUGGAUGGCAUUGAGCCAACACCGCUGAGCAAGGGAGACUGCAUUCGCCUCCUGACUCAAUACUUCCCGCGCCUGCAAGAGAACCACGCCUCCUUUGGCGAACUCAACACCUUCCUCCUCGUCGCCGCCCAGCAGCUGCCGCGCAUGCUUACAAGUGUGUUCCUUCGCCUGAGUGAGCUCUGCGGUUGGGUAGGGCGCUCUCGCUCACGAGCACACGAGAUUCGGCGGGGCAUGCUCAUGGCGGUGGUGAACACAGUACAACGAUUUGCAAUGCCCUCCGUUGACGCCGUGAAAGACGUGCAGCACCAUCACCAGGACGCGGCUGGGACGGUGACCGAUGACGUGUUGCGGCAGAUGGAGAAGGCCAUCACGUGGGCUGAGAUGGAGCACUGGAUGCUGUGCGUUGCCGAUGAUGGGUGUGUUUGUGCCUUCUACUCGGACCCAAACAGUGUCCCGCCGCAGGUGCGCCGAUUCUUUGCACUUCAACGCCAUCCACUCAAACAAAUGCACGAGUACACUUCUCAAGAGCUGUUUGUGCAGCUCAAGCAACUGCUGGGUCACAAAACUCAAGCGGCCCAGAACUGGUAUGCCAUGACACCAGACAACCUGCUGAAGAUGGUGCUGAUCUACAUCCGCAUCACCAACAACGUGCCGUGCAUUCUCAUGGGCCACGCAGGCUGCGGUAAGACGUCACUGUUUCAUCAGCUGGCCCACAUGUGCAACGACGUGGUGUAUGAGCGGCCACUUGGCAUCCACGCAGGCACAACGGCGCAGGACAUUAUCGAUUACGUCAACGAAGCCAUCGAUCUGGGGGAGAAGCUGCUGCAGGACGCCGGGUGUGUUGAUGUGGCGGUGGUGCCCCAGGCUGGUGUUGGUGCUGGUACACAGGGGCAAACCAACGACCAGACAGCCACGUCAGCCACAGCAGAGCAAGAUGGUGAUGCUGACCCCAACGCUCCCGGCUCUGCAUCGACAUCGUCAGCAACGAAUACUCGUGUGGUAUCUCAGGGCAAUGAUGGUGACGAUCCACAGGGUCAAACCAACGACCAGGUAGCCACGUCAGCCACAUCGGCCACAGGAGAGCAAGAUGGUGAUGCUGACCCCAAUGCUCCCGGCUCUGCAUCCACUUCGUCAACAACCACUUCUUCGGCGUCGUGCACCUCCACUCCAGUGAUGCCCGCUCAUCCUGUGACGGUGUGGGCAUUCCUUGAUGAGAUCAACACGUGCGAGCACCUCGAGCUGCUGUCAGACAUCAUUGUGCGCCGCCGCUGCGGCUCCCGCUCCAUCCCGGACAACGUGAAGAUUGCCGCUGCGUGCAACCCGUACAAGCGCCGUGACCGCCCAGCGCCAACACCAGGCCUGGUCACCAUGGAGCGCCAGCCCAUUGACGCGCAGUCGCACCUCAUGUACCGCGUGCACCCGCUGCCGGAGGCGAUGCUGCCGUACGUGUGGGACUUUGGCGAGCUGUCUGCUGGCGACGAGCGGCUGUACAUGGGCAGCAUGGUGGACGGCCUUGGACUCAAUCGGGACGAGAAAAAGGCUGUGGUGGAGAUGCUGUAUCAGUGCCACGACUACCUGAGGAAGAAGACAGGCCACAUAAUCAGCCUGCGUGACGUCAAGCGUUUCUGCACACUCUUCAAAUUCUUCCAGAAGUGGCGGCAGCAGAGAGCACCCUUCCCCAGUCCCGGACCAAGACCGCGCGAAACCACCAUCCCCUUCAUGUCAUCGAAAAUGCAUGCUGCAUGGCUGUCACUCAUUCAGUGCUACGUUGUUCGUCUUCCUGAGCAAAGCAAGCGCAAUGAGCUGCUUGACCAGUGCAGCGCGCGUUUUCGGGCGUGGAAACGGUGGGGGAGAGAAGCCAUUCUGCGGCUCCUUCGCGAAGAGCAGCUGGACAUGGUGGAUCGCAUGGACAGGCGGGCACCGCAGUUCCAGAACUUGGCAGAGAACGCGGCCUUGCUGGAGAACACGUUUUCCAUUGUGGUGUCGCUGCUCAACCGCAUCCCCAUCUUCCUGAUUGGCAAGCCGGGCAACAGCAAGACGGUGAGCAUGAGCCUGGUCAACAACAGUCUUCGUGGCCGUGACUCGCGCGACCCGCUGCUCAAGCUGUACCCUGGCAUCACCGUGUUUGCGUACCAAGGCAGCGUUGAGGCGACGAGCGAGGGCAUCCUGCAGGUGUUUGCCCGCGCGGAAGCGUACCUGGACAGCGCCAACCAUCAGGACGUGCUGCCCGUGGUGGUGCUGGAUGAGGUUGGACUCACAGAACACUCGCGCCACAACCCGCUCAAGGUGCUGCACGCCAAACUUGAGCCGCCAGACGGCAGCGAGCUCCGUGUUGGCGUCGUCGGCAUCUCAAACUGGGCGCUCGAUGCGGCGAAGAUGAACCGCGCACUGCACAUCUCCCGGCCUGAUCCAUCACGCGAAGACCUUCUCCACACUGCAGUCACCAUUGCAAGCAACUUCGUUACAACAGAAUAUCGGUUCUACGAAGGUCCAACACGAGCUUGCGAUCUCCCUGAUGAGUUGCAGCUACCUCUCAAGGGGGUGGCUUUUGGGUAUCAUGAUUACAUGCAGGAAUGCAAGGCCCAGAACCGCCAGCCCUUUUUUGGCCUCCGAGAUUUCUACAGUGUCUGCAAGUCGAUGUGUCGCAGGAUGAGUGAGCUGAAUGCGAGCGAGGGCGUGGUGGCCACCGCCAUCAUCCGCAACUUCUCCGGCACGCUCGGAGGCGACACCGUCCACAGCGACCGGCAGCUCUUCUUCACCCGCGUGCAGGAGCAGUUGCUGCAAGUGGGGUGGUACCACGCUGACCGCUUGGCUGUGACGCUGAUGAAUGCGAGCCACAACACCGUGGCAUGCAUCGAGGACAACUGGCAGGACGUGUUUGCGCGCCACCUGAUGAUUGGGUCCGUUGGUCGCGCGGCGCUGUCCAUCUUGAAGACUUUCUCCAGCUUGGACACGAGCAACGCCCUCAUUAUCCGCGGCAGCCAGUUUGAGGCGGACGUGGUGAGCGAGGAGUACCCGUACUCUGUGCUGAGCCAGAUCAUCCUGAAAAUGGAGCACGGUGGCGUGCUGGUGCUGGUGGACCUUGAUUCCAUCUACGGUAGCCUGUACGACAUGCUGAACCAGAGCUACACCAUGAUCAAGGGCCGGCGCAACUGCACCAUUGCCCUGGGCUCCCUCAGCAACCCGCUGUGCCCCGUGCACGAGCGGUUCCGCUGCGUUGUGCUGAUGGAUCGGGAGAAGAUGCAGACGUACGACCCGCCCUUCCUCAACCGCUUUGAGAAGCACCUGCUCAGCUUCACAGACGUGUUGUCGGGGGACCAGCGGGACGUGUGCACGCAGGUGGAGAACUGGCUCACACGCAUCGUUGCGUGUGGACAGGACACGUCCGCCGUGACGCCACAGGACAAGGCGAGGGCCAUCCCGUGCUAUGGCGACAACUUGGUAGCAAGCCUGCUGCUCAAGCACCUGGCGAGCAUGCAGGCGGCCAUGGCCUCGGCUGGGAGCAGCAAGACAAUCAAGAGAGAGAACAUUCGACCAAGUCGCGUUGUACGUGCCAAGCCGGCUCAGCUGCACGUCACUGUCACCCAUGGGUGGCAGUCAGAGCAGCAGCAGCAAGGCAUGCAGCCUGGUGACGAGAGCUGGCAGGAAUUGCUGCAUCAGCAAAAUGAAGGGUUGAAGAUGCAUGUGCCACCAAGCUAUCUCCAACAGCAACAGCAACAGCAACAGCAACAGCAACAGCAGCAACAACAUGCCGGUGGUGCGACGGGAAGCCGGUUCCUGCGCGCAUCGCAGUGGCGCCUGACCCCCGACCUGGCACAGCAGCUGCAGCAACGCAUCAAGCACAGCUUGAUUGACCUGAUGACGCUUGAGUUUGUGGUGUCCCUGACGCAGUUUUCGGACGAGGACAAGCAGCGCGUGGUCGACGUGUACACGCAUGAAUCCUCGCACCACUCCCUCGCGGGCCUGUUGGAGUGGCUGCAGUGGUUUGGUGCACCGUCAGGGGAUAGUGGUGGUGGGGAUGGUGACGAACAACAAGGGGCCAGUGUGCGCAAGGGCGAUUAUGGCGAUUAUGGCGAUGGUGGUGGUUAUGAUGGCGAUGGUGGUGCUGGUGGUCAUGAUGAUGACGACGCCGCCACUGAUGAAGGUGCCGCUGAAGACGAUGACGAUGAGAUGCUGGAGAAGCCAAGCAAGGCGAAGAAGGCACGGCAGCAGCCGCUGCCGGCCCAGCCGCUGCGCCGCCUGUUGCUGGUGACGCGCACCAGCAUCUUCUAUCCCUUCAGGGAGGUGUCGGAGUGUGAGAUUGUGCGUGUGUCCGACAUCAAGUCUGAGCGCAUGUUGUCGCUUGAGCUGCGAGAAGCACUGCGCCGCGCCGGCCACCACGGCACGGUUGUGGUGCAGCUGCUGCUCAACGAGUUCAAGCACCUGGCCAUGGUGCAGGAGAAGGUGGACGGCCUGCUGGCUGGCGUUGACCGGGAGACGCGCGGCGAUGCUGGUCUCAACGGUGAGCACACACAUGGUGGCCAGGGGUGCAGCCGCGUGAUUGUGUGCGUGCACAUGCACUCCAAGACGACGAGCCUCCGCAAGCAAGCGCAGGAAGUGGCCAUGCUGCAGACCAUCACCGCGUCUGCGGAGUGGGAGCUGCGCUACUGCGACGAUCUCGGCUCGCUGCCCUCCUUUGCUGCACAAGCCCUGCAGCAGGAGCAGCAUACGCAGCACGUGAGCGGUGGCGGUGAUGAUGUUGGCGGUGCGUCGAUGCAUGUGCCAGCUGGGCCAUCGGCGCCACCUGUUGUUGAGCCGACCCUCAACCUGAUUGAGCUGUGCUCGCACUCUCUGCAGGACGUGGUGCUGCGCCACGAUCAUUCGCUGCUGCACUACCGGCGCCUGAUCACCCCAGACGCGCUGUGGUGGUGCUACUCGCGCAUCGACUUCUCGCGCGUGCCGCACUGCCAGCAGCGUGCGCGGUCCUCAAUCGACCGGCUGCUGGCCGCGCUCACGUCCCAAGACCAGGAGGGCGAGCAGCUGUGCAUGAUUUUGGCGCACGCGGCGGCGCUGAUGCUGGAUUCCACCACGACGUGGGUUGCACAGCUGGCGCAGCAGGACAUGAAGCAGCCAAGCUACGCCACGUUUGGGCAGCGUGUGGUGCGCACGGCGCGUGAGGCAUUCCUGUCUGCGCUCGCACGCAUCAUCUUCAGCAUGGAGCAGCACCACUUUGUGCCCGAUGUGAGGCAGCUUGUGCCUGACGAUGCCACGCGCGCGCUGCUUGCUCAGCUCGAGAUUUCCCCGCGGGCGUACGCCGUGCUCGCACUCGAUGCACUGCCGUCCACGGCGCGCGCAUUUGCCGCUAGCACUGCGCAGCACGAGCAGCCAGUUGUUGACAACGAGGGCGACGCGGAUGACAUUUCGCCUGCAACCACAAGUGUGCUGCGCCCCGUGUCACUGCGGCUCCCAGAAACGCAUCGCUGGUACAACAGCCUGUGUGCGCUGGCAGAGGCGCUAUUUGCCGAGAUGGACGCGGCGCCCACGGAGCAGACGCGUGCCAGCCACGUGCAGGGGUUCAUCGCACGCGUGCGUGACGCCUUUUCGCACGCCAUUGCGGCCGGUGUGAGCACCGACGACGUCACUCUUGACAUCAUGGACACACAGGACGAUGAUGAUGGCGACAUGGACGACGUGGACGACAUGGACGAGCGCGAGGACGAUGAUGACGAUGACGAUGAUGACGAUGAUGUGGACGAGUUGGAUGCGAAUGGCGAUGAUGAUGAUGACGGUGACGAGAGCGGGAACGGGUUUGGUGACAUGUCUCAGGUACACAACGCAGCUGCGGUUGUUGGGCCGUUGUUGCUGGUGGACUGGGUGCGCUAUGCCAACAACCACGUUGGCGCCAACGUGCUGGACAUCUGGCGCGGUCUGUGCCUGUGCUUUGGGGACGACAUCAGCAUCACCUCCGAUGAGCACGUGUUUCAGGUGCUGAAGAAGCUGCAGGAGAACGAGCAGAUGCUGUACGCGUUCUUCAGCCUGCUGUCAAUUGCCCGCCGCUCUGACGCACGCGGUGACGUGUUGCAAGUUGCCCUCAACUCCAUCAAUGACACCAACAUUGGUGGUGACGACGCUGAUGGCGAUGACAAUGAUGCUGAAAGCAGUCCUGGCCGGCCCACGGGCACAUCUGCCAUCGUACACGGCAUCUGUGAAAGCAUCGCACUGCGCUUCAUCGCUGCCAUCACCCGCCAACAAGACGACGACGACGAUGAGGAUGAUGAUGCUGAGGACGAUGAUGAUGACGACGAUUACAGUGGUGACGAUGAUGAGGGUGAGGAUGAGGCCAAUGAAGCCAUGGGCAUGGUGUUUGCUGCCCGCGAUGUGAUGCAGCACCUGCUUGCCCUGCCGUGCGAUGCGAGCGGCGGGCGUGCGGCCAUCACGCCCCAGAUCAUGGCGCGCGUCAGGCUCCUCAACGCCAUCCUGCACGCGUGGAGCAGAAACAGCGACCUGGAGGUGGUGCCGCUGCUGCAGGCAUUCAUGCACUUGUCGCUGACACCAGCCCACACCGAGCCGUACGCGGCGCCGGUGACAGCAACAGCAACGGGGUCGCCGUCGCAGCAGCUGCUCAGGUUCUUGCAGCAGAGCUUCGACGAAGACAAACCACUGUGGUCCGUUGGUAGUGAGCGAAGGCGCCUGGUCUCCGACACGGUUGCCCUCUUCAGCCAGAUGCUGCACCUCAACUACGCGGAGAUGACGGCACAAGAGCAGCGCACGACCCUCGCCCAGCUGUGCCGAAUGGUCACGCGUGCAGCGAUGACAUUCUGCCCCAUCUGCCUCGUCACUGCCGUGAACGUCAGCACAGAGUGCGGCCACAGAUUCUGUCACCAGUGCAUUGUUGAAUGGGCCCAGGCGAGGCGCACGUGCCCGUCGUGCCGCCGUGUCCUCAACGUGGCCAACCUCACGCCCAUCGAGAGCGAAGAAGACGAUGGUGGUGCUGGUAUUGGUGGCCAGACGAGCAACCACUUCUGGCUGCCGCACGUUGGGCAUGCUGUCCACACGGCUGUGCUGCACUUUGCAGGUGGUCACCGUGAGGUGCACGAGCUAUUCCAGCAAGCGCCUGGCCCCUUGUUUGAGGCACUGAGCGCGGUGAUGUCCCACGACAACUUUGAUGCAACGCAGAGCCCGCCCAUGCUCGUGCUUGCCGUUGACGUGCUGGAGCGCUUUGUGGUCGAACGCGCCAUCAACGGCUGCAGCCUCAUCGCCAUCUUGCACAUGGAACACCACCUGCAGCCGUGCGUAAAUGCGGUGCAGGAGGUGAUGAGCAACGUUGGCGACGGUAUGGGUGGCAUCUCCCCGGCGCAGGCACGUGAUGGCGUGGUUGGCAUUGCUGUGCUGCGUACAUGCGUGCGUGUCAUUGCGCGCGCGCUGUUGGACCACGACGUGGCCGAUUUGGAGACGCUGACUGACGUGCUUCCUGUGCUGUUUGGAGGAGACGAUGAUGGUGACGGCUUUGCCAGUGGUGUCAACGACAGCAUGAGCGUGAUCCAGCGCAUGCGCCUGUUCCUGCUGCAGCUGCUGAAGCAAGGCCGCAGCUUUGCCGAGUUGCGCACGCAGCUGCACGUGCUGCCGCUGUGUUCUGCGAUUGUGCCGCUGGUGGCGUGGUACACGCGCGUUCGCCUGCACUUCCAAGGUAAAUUGGCGCGCGACAAGGUGCAGGGCGAGGGCGCCAUGACCCACGCGCAAGCAGUAGCAGAGAUGCAGGCCGCUGGCGUGGAGGAUGCGCAGAGCCGCUUUGACGCGUUUAUGGCGGCGUGGAACCGGAUCGUUGCGCACCAGGCGCUGUUGUUUGAGGGCGAGACGAUGACAGAGGACGGGUCUGUUGUGCAGGACGACGAGGCGCCCCACGGCCGGUUCGAGUGUGAGCCACUGCAGCCCUUCCCGCCCAUGUCGCCUGCAGCGCCGCUGGCGUACUCGCUGCUCUCUGACCGGGGAGAGGGGUCCCGCCUCUACAUCAUGCUGCACCAGCUCACGCACGUGCAGAACCAGCACAUGGACCGGGUGGUGAACCUGUGCGAGCCCGGUACUGCGGCGCACCGCGCUGUGCAGCAAGGGCCUGCUGGCCAGGUGCUGGUGCAGAGCGUGGACGUGACCAAGGCGAGGCCGCACCAGGUUGUCUCUGUGGUUGUGGACGACGGUGUGGUUGCGCACGCGUACGCGCACACGGCGCUGGGCCACGGACGGCGCACGAUUGUCAACUGGCAGGCCGUGGAGAACAUGGUGCUGCAGCACACGUUUGUCGGCAAGGUGAAGUUUGAGCGUGUUGACCCGGCCAAGUGCGGGUUCCUGUUUGGGCAGGAGCAAGGCGUGCCCUUCCUUGAGCUGUGCGACCGGCUGUUCACGGCGCACAAGCAGUACUGCCGCUCCAUCACCCCCGAGCGGGUGCGGGCCAUGAUUGAGUCGUCCAACUUCCAGCCGUCCAUCCACGACCUGCGCAGCAAGCUGGAGGUGCUCAUGUCGCAGCUCAACGACCACCUGCUUGGCAUGGGCGGCGACGCGUCUGGCGUGGGCAACUUGCUGUGCAGGACGACGCUGGCCGAGUUUGCGCUGAUGGCGCGGCCGGUGGAUGCCACGUCGCUGGCGCUGCUGCAGUCGUGCGGGUGCCACGACCUGGCAGUUGGGCAGCUCUUUGCGCUCUUUGAGCUGGUGUACGAGCAACUCAUCUUCCAGGAGUCGCGUGGGCACACGCCGCUGGAGGACGAGGCCGAUGGCGCCAUUGUCCGCGACCUGGGGGAGGCGCAGCGGGCCGAGCGGUUUGUUCCUGCCGCGGUUAUGCACACGCUACGGCGGUUCUACAUCACCCACUACGCGCAGUACCAGCACAUGGGUGACAUGCCGCUUGCCGACUUCUGGGGCAGCCUGAUUGAGGAGCCCGUGUUUGUCAUGGACGACCUGGCGAACCCGCAGCAACAGCUGCAGCUGCCAGACUCGCUGCUCCUGCGUCACGUCGUGCCGCUCUACGUCUGGCUGCACCAACUGCCGCAGUGAUGUGUGCGUGUGUGUGUGUGGGGUGGGGGGCUUGUGGGUUGAGUGUGUGGGUGGGUGUGGGUGGGUGAUUUUUGGGAGUGGGUUGUGGAG